CCCCGCCCUCCCGAGGCCACUUGAGAAACGCGUGAAGUUUCGUCAGUCGUGUCCGAGCGCCCGACGCCCUCCACUCGCCUCGCGAUGUCCGGAGUCCGCUGGGCCCCGGUGGCCGCCGCAGCCUUGACCCUCUGCGGCGUGUUCCUGUCGACAGGGGCGCAGAGCUCCUCUCCUGCUCCGGAUUCUUGUGCCUUGAAAUCCAACAGCAGCUGUGCCGAGUGUCUGCAGAAUGUGACCUGUUUGUGGUGCAUACCGACCCAACAAUGCAUUGACUACCCGGUGAGGAACAUCCUGCCCCCCAGCAGUGUGUGUCCUCUGACUGAUGCACGAUGGGGGGUCUGCUGGGUCAACUUCCAGGUUUUGAUCAUCACCAUGUCGGUGCUGGCUGGCGUCAUCAUCGUUGCCCUUUUCGUCUGCUGCUGCUGCUGCUGCAAAUGUGAAAGAGUCGGAAACAAGAGAGAAGACGCAAAGGUGGAGCGACAAACCCGUGCGAGGACGUCUCGUCAGAAAGCAAGGAGAACAGAAAUGCAGUUGAGGCAUGAUGAAAUCAGGCAGAAAUAUGGUAUAGCAAAAGAUAAUCCAUAUGCCCGUAUGGAUGACCAUUAAGAAGAUUCACAGCAAUGAUUCCUUUAGAAAAAAUUCCCUUAAAAUGAUCUUAUUGAUGCCAGUAACAUUGAGAUACAAGCAUUCAAGUAUAUAUAAUAAACUGUGAUUGUGCAGAUUGAGUUCAGUGAGAAAAAAAAUAUCACCGAAAUGUUCUGAAAUAAUUUUGACUGAAUGUGCAUUAUAUUCCACACGUGGUCCUUUCAUCUAAUGUAUACGUUUUUUUAUAUGCACAUUGUUGUCUGCUAUUAAUAUUUCUUCUGUCUAUAUUUUGAUGUGAAUGUUCAAUUAACUUGCUUAUCUCUCCACACAGGAAACUAAAUGUCAAAGCACACUGUCUACCAUGAUAUGCAAACAUACAUUUUGAUUACAAUAUAUUUCUACAACUCCGGAGCUGAUGGUGCUCUUUGAACAGAGUUUUGUUUAAAUUCUAUUUUACUGAUCAUAAUUCGUGUACGUUUAUUUUGUAUUCAUUUGUAACAUGGAACUUUGCAAUUUUAUCUAUUGAUAAAUAUCAUAAUCAGGGUAAGAUUCAGAACUUUACUGGAUAAAAGAAAUCAGUGUCCUUGAAUUACAUGGGAAGCGAUUCUUGUGCAGCUAUUAAAAACAAAUUGCGACCAUAAAUUUCAAAGUUAAAUGAAUAAAACUGAAAAAAGA